AGUGCACGUCUCCAUUGCUGUUUCUCACAACGCCAGGUUAGUCAUCAGAAGCAUGAAAACCUCAAUUGUGGCCUUUUUCUUGCUUUUGGCCUUUUCGACCUCCUUUGCUGUUCAAGAAAACCAAGCUCUUUUCAGACAUCUUUCUGAAACCGUCCAAGGUGCCCAAGGUGCCCAAGACUUCCAAACUCUUUUUCCCAUUGGCCAAGAUUCAGCUGAGGAAAACAAUAGCAACGCCAACAAUAGGCUUCCAGACUUGGUACGUCUCGUGAAGCGUACCUACAAAACCAAAUACCGAAAAACUGCCAAAACAACUGCCAAACCCAAGACCAUAGAAACAAAAGCAGUUAUAACUCCUGGUCCUCAAAAUACUGAUACCAAAGCAAACAACGAUUAUAUUACCAAUGAAAGAGCCUUGACCACUUCAAUAAAAAAACCAACCACAACAGAACUAAAUGGCGCAUAUAUUACAACAUCCACCAGAAGAACAUCCACCAGAAGAACAUCCACCAGGAAAUCGUCUUCAAAGAAAAAAUCAACAUCAAAAUUAAAGACGUCUCGCAAUGGCACUGAAGUCACUCAAUCCGGAUCAUACAGUGGAAGUAAUUUGGCCCAAUAUCCUACUCCAAUAAGUGGUAUUUUCUGGUUAUUCUUACCAUUCUUGUAUUCCUUAAUAUAAUUUCUCAAACAUUUUUUGCUUUUU